AUGUACGUAGAGAUUUCAUCCAAUGGUGUAAAAAUAACUGCAACAGACGGAAUUGGUUUUUCGAAACCAAUAGAUAUUUCCCUAUCAAGGAUGGAAUUUGGAGAAGAAGUUCGAGAUUACCCUGACGCACCACCAUCGAAUCUUGGACGACCUCUAACACAAACUUUACACGGUUUAACUGGAAUCAUGGGUUAUUCUCGUAACGUUCGAGCGCAUGCCUUAUACUCUGAAACCUUUGGCGCCUCAAAGGUGAAGAUAUCGAUCAAACAACCAAUAUCCAAACUCCCUCAAGCGUGUUGCUGCUUGGUUGACCAAAAACAAUUCCUUUCGCUAACAUGA